UGCUAUAAAACGUGGUGGUUGCCUCUGAGUGUGAAAAGUAUUGUGUUCUCUCGGCCAUCACCAUGCGUUGAUGCAUCCAGUGUCAUCAUAGCCAUCAUUGUCAUCCGUUCCCAUUUGAAUCCGCAUUUAAAAUGCCGGCGUCCAUGCCCAUGGAAGCAGCAGAGACUGGACAGAAAGAGGGCGAUGGGAAGCCAAUGCUCGGAAUCGGAUUGCGCUAAGGAGAGGAAGGAGGAGGAGGAGCGGAAGGUCGUGGCGGAGGAGGUUGAGGAUGAUGAUGAGGAGGAGGUGAUUCUGUGGAGAGGAAAGUGGGCGGAGGAGCCGUGGCCGCGAAAGGGCGGCGGGGUGAUGCUCGAAGGGUACGUCGACGCGGAGGACGGCGGGGAGGAUGGGCUGGACGUUGUGGGGAGAACGAAGAGCCUGACGGACGAGGAUCUGGACGAGCUCAAGGGAUGCCUCGACCUAGGGUUCGGGUUCAGCUACGAGGAGAUUCCCGAUCUAUGCAACACCCUUCCGGCCCUCGAGCUUUGCUACUCCAUGAGUCAGAGGUUCUUAGAUGAGCGGCAGAAUAGGUCCAUCGAUCGUUCGUCUUCGGGCGAGUCUGUGGAUCUUUGCCCGACUCCGCCGGCGCCUCCCAUCGCCAACUGGAAGAUCUCUAGCCCUGGAGAUGAUCCUGAUGAAGUUAAAGCCAGACUGAAGUAUUGGGCCCAAGCUGUGGCUUGCACCAUCAGAUUAUGCAAUUAGGAUUGCAUUUUUUUUUGAGUUCUUACAAUGUUUGGAGGAAUUCAUCAAGCUUAAUAGUCUGACUGAUCGAUUGAAUUCUCUGCUUGUUACUGCUAUGAUUAUGUUGGGAGGGAGUUCGCUGUUGGAAUUACACCACAAUGGAAAUUGAGGCAUUUGAUCAAAGAAGAGUAGAGGAAUUACAAAAGAAUGCAAGAUGUUGAUGCUCUGAAGUCCAAAGAUCAACAACAUAUCUGACUUGCAUUUCUGCAAACAAGUGUAUGUUUCUAUUGAAAUAGAGAUUUUGCAUCAGUAUUGCAUGUUGUAACUUGAAUGAAAAUAAACACUAGAGGUUGUUCCAAAUAAA